GCAAGAAGGUGGGGCAUCAGAGAAAAAAAUGGGGAUGUGCGUAUGUCCUUUAUGGAUCAUCCUAACAACUCAUAUAGAUAAGUGUACACUCAUCAGACCACCCAGUGCAUGCUGUGGUCCACCAGAGAAACAAGGCGCACAGGGUAGAAUUGUUUUUCUUCAUUAUGGCAGGGACAAAAACCAAGACAGAGGUCUUCACAAUAGCUGAGAUGGGAGAGCCGUCAGCAGAGAGAGGCGACACCAACAAGAAGAGAUGCAUCUUUGAGCAAUAUGUGCAGCCCUGCAUGGCUGAGCUGUUCGGGACCAGCCUGUUUGUGUUUGUGGGGUGUGCGUCUGUUAUUGGGAAUGUGGGAGACGUUGGCGUCAUCCAGCCCGCUGUGGCACAUGGACUGGCUCUGGGAGUGCUGAUCAUGGUCCUCGGGCAAAUCAGUGGGGGCCACUUUAACCCUGCGGUGUCUCUGAGCGUCUACCUGUGUGGAGGGAUGGGGCUUUCCCUGCUGCUGCCGUACAUCCUGGCUCAGAUGUGUGGAGGCAUGAUCGGUGCUGGUUUGACCAAGGUAAUCUACCCCACUGAUGUGUAUAAUGCUUCCCUUGGAGGGGCCUUUAACUUUGUCAACGAUGAUCUGGGUAAAACCACCGUGGCAGAGGUGAUGAUGACCCUCUUCCUUACCACUGUGGUGUGCAUGGGGGCCGUCAACGGCCAAACCCGCUCACCGUCGGCUCCAUUCUGCAUCGGCCUCACUGUGACAGCCAACAUAUUUGCUGGAGGGACUGUGUCCGGGGCCUGUAUGAACCCUGCCCGAGCCUUUGGUCCUGCAGUGGCUGCCAACCACUGGAACCAUCACUGGAUCUACUGGGUGGGACCCGCUUCUGGUGCACUGCUUACUGUCAUGUUCAUCAGGUUGUUGUUUGGUGACCAGAAGACUCGAGUUGUGUUGAAGUGAAUGUGUUAUUUAUAAAGGAGGAAGAGACAGGACGUCCCGGCUGACAUGAUGACAGCGUUUCCAUUUGGAUUUACAUUACUCAACAAUUAGACUGUAAUAUUUCAAUUGGUCAGCUAAAUGGGUGCAAAUAUAUUCGUCCUUGAACCAGUUAUACUUAUUGAAACCUAUUCAAUGACAUGUUUUUAUUACAAGAUUCAAAAAAGUGUUUGAUGGUAGGGAUCUGAUAGCUACUUCUAACUUUACUUUACAUGCUCGAUGACUGCUGGAAAAAGUUUCAUACAAAUGAUUACACUUUCUGUUAUCUAUUAACAGUCUUUUUGUACUCAGUGGAAAACCAUGCUUUGAUGAAAAACGGAUUAUACUUUAGUACCCUGACCUUGAUAGAAUUAUUACUUAAAAGAUGGAACAUGGCCAGGACACUUCACUACAAAAAAGAAUCAUAAACUGGUGUCCUUGGAUCAGCUGAAACAAAGCAGUAAGGUAGAAUGAAUAGCUUUCUAAAAACAGGAAUGGAUUUCAAAACUAUACAUAUGCAUCCUAAAUAAUGGAUGAUGAUGGUUUUAACAAUGAUAAAGAUGGAAGCUCAGCACUGUACUUAGUGUGCAGGCACAGGAAAGUAGAAAUCACACAUAGAAACUUCAUACAACAUUUUUUAUUUCUUUGAAGUAGUAUGAUCAAAUGCAUGCAGUGAUGGCAAAAAAGAGAUUUGAAUAAUAUACCUACAAAAACAACAUAUAAAGGUUCUGCAGUACAAAAAAUAUUUAUGAAUAUGAAUAAAAAGGCACAUAGUUAAAAACAGAUGGACAAAGACAAACCAACAUACAA